UGUUUUACAAACUCCAUUACAGCUGGUAGAGAUACAUGUAUUGUGUCAGAUUUGUUUAAGUUUUUUGUAUUUAAAAGACAAAACUUAAGUGAGCAUCAAGAAUUCCAGUUCGCACAAAUAUAGAGCAGGUGCAAGUUUAGAUUUUCAUAUCAUUCUGUAAAUACAAUACUACUAACAGAAGUAAUUGAAAAGAAAACUGAGUUACUACUAGCGAAAAAGCUGGAGAGGUCAUAUUUGUGACCCAAUAAGUAUACUGGUUAACAUUUGACAAUGCACACUGGAGAAGAAUAUAGAUGCGGAGUCUGUGAAAGAUCAUUUGCUAAUGAACAAACUCUUAAAAAACACAUGAUGAUACACACCAGUAAUACAAGUUUUCAAUGCGAAAUCUGUGAAAAAUCAUUUUCUCAUCAACAUUAUUUGAAAGAGCAUCUUACAAUACACACAGGAGAAAAAUAUUAUGAAUGCAAAAUAUGUGACAAAUCAUUUUCUCGAAAUCAAUCUCUUAAACGACAUAUGACAAUACAUACAGGAGAGAAGAAUUAUCAAUGCAAAAUCUGUGAUCGAUCAUUUUCUUAUAAAAACUCUCUGGAAAGACAUAUGAGAGCACACACGGGAGAGAAAAAGUACCAAUGUGAAAUAUGUGACAAAUCAUUUGCUGAUAACUAUACUUUUCAAGGACAUAUGACGAUACACACAGGCUUAGAGAAAUAUAAAUGUGAAAUAUGUGAAAAAUCCUAUCCACAUUAUACUUCUCUUAAACUACAUAUGUUGAUUCACACUGGAGAGAAAUAUCAAUGUGAAAUAUGUGGCAAAACAUUUACUCAAAACAGUAGUCUUAAAACACAUAUGAUUACACACACCGGAGAAAAGAAACAUAAAUGUGAUAUUUGUGACCAAUCGUUUUGUUAUAAAUCUGCCCUUCAAUCACAUAUGAUAAUACAUACUGGAGAAAAGGCAUAUAAAUGUGAAUUCUGUGAUAGAGCAUUUUCUAAUAAAAGUUCUGUUAAAAAACACUUGAGGACACAUACUGGAGAAAAUAAAUAUCAAUGCAGUAUGUGUGAAAGGUCAUUUAAUGCAAGUUAUCUUAAAAAACAUAUGCUACUGCACACAGGAGAGAAGAAAUACAAAUGUGAAAUUUGUGACAAAGCAUUCACUCAAAAACGUUAUCUUAGUAGACAUAUGAACAUGCAUUCAGAAGAAUGUAAAAAUGUGUGCGAAAUCUUGACAAUGCACACUGGAGAAGAAUAUAGAUGUGGAGUCUGUGAAGGAUCAUUUGCUAAUGAACAAACUUUUAAAAAACAUAUGAUAAUACACACCAGUGAUACAAGUUUUCAAUGCGAAAUCUGUGAAAAAUCAUUUUCUCAUCAACAUUAUUUGAAUGAGCAUUUAACAAUACACACAGGAGAAAAACAAUAUGAAUGCAAAAUAUGUGACAAAUCAUUCCCUCGAAAUAAAUAUCUUAAACGACAUAUGAGAAUUCAUACAGGAGAGAAAAAUCAUCAAUGCAAAAUCUGCGAUAAGUCAUUUUCUAUAAAAAGUACUUUUGACAGACAUAUGAGAGCACAUACGGGCGAGAAGAAAUACCGAUGUAAAAUAUGUGACAAAUCAUUUGCUGAUAACCAUACUUUCCAAGGACAUAUGACGAUACAUACAGGCUUAGGGAAAUAUAAAUGUGAAAUAUGUGAAAAAUCCUAUCCACAUUCUAAUUCUCUAAAAUUACAUAUGGCGAGACACACUGGAGUGAAAUUUCAAUGUGAAAUAUGUAUUAAAACAUUUACUCAAAACAGUAGUCUUAAAACACAUAUGAUUACACACACUGGAGAAAAGAAAUAUAAAUGUGAUAUUUGUGACCGUUCGUUUUCUCAUAAAACUAUCCUUAAAUCACAUUUGAUUACACAUACAGGGGAAAGAGCAUAUAAAUGUGAAAUCUGCGACAGAGCAUUUUCUAGAAAAGGUUCUCUUGAAAUACACGUGGGGACACAUACUGGAGAGAAGAAAUAUCAAUGCAGUAUGUGUGAAAGGUCAUUUAAUGCAAGUAAUAAUCUUAAAACACAUAUGUUACUACACACAGGAGAGAAGAAAUACAAAUGUGAAAUAUGUGACAAAGCAUUCGCUCAAAAACGUUAUCUUAGUAGACAUAUGAAAAUACAUUCAGAAGAAUGUAAAAAUGUGUGCGAAAUCUGUGACAGACGGUUUACUCAAAAAAGCGAUCUUGUCGCACAUAUGACAAUACAUACAGGAGAGAAGGAAUACAAAUGUAAAAUUUGUGAAAAGUUUUUUGCCCGACACAGUUAUCUUAAAGAACAUAUGCUGAUACAUUCGGAAGAGAAGAAAUAUCCAUGCGAAUUAUGUGAUAGACAAUUUGCAACAAAAAGUAGACUUACAAAACAUAUGAAAAUACACACAAAAGAGAAGAAAUGAUGAUUGGAUAUCAAAGUUUCUUGACUAUUUAAAAAUGUAAAUAUCUACUACAUGUUUUUGUAAGAUCAUUUUCUCAAUAACGAUAUCUUCAUGAUAUAAUUUUGACAACAUUACACUGUACAAACUGUGAAUAAAAAGUUUUGAAACAA